AGCACCCCACCGGCGCCGACGCUACCUCACCUUCGACUCGCUCCUCGCCGGCAAGCUGCAGCAUAGACUUUGGCCCCGAGGAGACGAUAAGGUUGCGACUGAACUGCCUGCCUCUCGGCGUCGUCCUCUCUCUAUGGAUGCUUGAAAUUAGGAACUUAACUUUGAUUGUCGAGCAAUGCGCGGGAGUCACCGAUUCAGACAGUUUCACAGCAGCUGCUUUUGUUCAUUGCAGACACAAACCAUCAACGGCAAACUUCCGAACCCAAUUCCAUCAAAGAAAACAUUAAUUGAGAAGCACAAUCCAAAGAAGAAUAAGAAGUCGAACAUUGCGGAUUCCGACAUCGUGCAAUGGAACAUGGAUAUCACCUCCCACAUGCGCAAUGGCCACUGCAAAGCUGCUCUUCGUGUGUUCAACGACAUGUCUCGGCGAAGCGUCGUCUCCUACAACGCUAUGAUAUCUGGGUACUUGGCGAAUGAUAGGUUUGAUCUUGCACGGGACAUGUUUGAGAGAAUGCCUGAGAGAGAUUUGGUCUCGUGGAAUGUUAUGCUAAGUGGAUAUGUAAGGAAUAGGAAGCUUGGUGCUGCACGCAUGUUGUUUGAUAGGAUGCCCGAGAGGGAUGUUGUGUCGUGGAAUUCAAUGUUGUCUGGUUAUGCUCAGUAUGGUUAUGUUGAUGAAGCAAUGAAGAUUUUUGAGAUGAUGCCUGACAAGAAUGAGAUUUCAUGGAAUAGUUUGCUUUCUGCGUAUGUGCAAAAUGGAAGGAUAGAUGAUGCUCGUAGGUUGUUCGAGUCCAAAGCGGAUUGGGAAGUGGUUUCUUGGAACUGUUUGAUGGGUGGGUAUGUGAGGAAGAAGAGGUUAGUUGAUGCUAGGAAGCUAUUUGAUCAAAUGCCCAUAAGGGAUGCGGUUUCGUGGAAUACCAUGAUUACAUGUUAUGCACAAAAUAGUGAAUUGGCAGAAUCAAGGCGAUUGUUUGAGGAGUCUCCAAUUAGGGACGUGUUUGCGUGGACAGCAAUGAUGUCGGGUUAUGUGCAACAUGGAAUGUUGGAUGAAGCAAGGAGAAUUUUUGAUGAAAUGCCGGUAAAGAAUCCGGUUUCAUGGAAUGCAAUUAUUGCUGGAUAUGUUCGUUGUAAGAGAAUGGAUAUAGCGAGGGAAUUGUUUGAGGUGAUGCCAUGUAGGAAUGUUAGUUCUUGGAAUACAAUGCUCACUGCAUAUGCUCAGAGCGGUGACAUUGCCCAAGCAAGAUUUAUCUUCGAUAGAAUGCCUCAGCGUGAUUCCAUCUCUUGGGCAGCUAUCAUUGCUGGCUAUGCUCAAAAUGGUUAUGGUGAGGAGGCUUUGCGGCUAUUUAUGGAGAUGAAAAAAGAAGGCGAAAGGUUGACACGGUCUUGUUAUACAUGUGCUUUGAGCACAUGUGCUGAGAUUGCUGCUCUCGAGUUGGGGAAGCAAUUACAUGGACGACUGGUAAAAGCAGGAUUUGAAACUGGAUGCUAUGUCGGGAAUGCACUCCUUGUAAUGUAUUCUAAAUGUGGAAGCAUAGAGGAAGCAUACAACGUGUUUAAAGAUAUUGAAGUAAAGGACAUUGUCUCGUGGAACACAAUGAUUGCAGGUUAUGCAAGACAUGGAUUUGGAAAAGAGGCUCUUAUGAUAUUCGAGUCAAUGAAGGCAAUGGGAAUUAUACCGGAUGACGUUACACUAGUUGGUGUAUUAUCAGCUUGUAGUCAUACUGGCUUGGUAGAGAGGGGCAAACAAUAUUUUUACUCGAUGAAUCAAGAUUAUGGAAUAACCCCAAAUUCAAAGCACUAUACUUGCAUGAUUGAUCUCUUAGGUCGAGCUGGGUGCCUGGAUGAGGCUCAGGAUUUAAUGAGAAAUAUGCCUUUUGAACCAGAUGCUGCAACUUGGGGAGCUCUUCUUGGUGCUAGCAGGAUCCAUGGAAAUACUGAAUUAGGCGAAAAAGCUGCUAAGAUAAUUUUUGAGUUAGAGCCUGAAAAUGCAGGAAUGUAUGUACUUCUCUCAAAUUUAUAUGCAGCUUCAGGACGAUGGACUGAUGUUCGCAAGAUGAGAUUGAAGAUGAGAGAUACAGGAGUGAAAAAAGUACCAGGAUAUAGUUGGGUUGAAGUGCAAAACAAAGUUCACACAUUUUCAGUUGGAGACUCUGUACACCCGGAGAAGGAUAGGAUCUAUGCCUUCUUAGAAGAGUUGGAUUUAAAAAUGAAGCGGGAAGGAUAUGUUUCUUCCACAAAGUUGGUUUUGCAUGAUGUGGAAGAGGAGGAGAAAGAGAACAUGCUCAAAUAUCACAGUGAGAAAUUGGCUGUGGCUUUUGCAAUUUUAUCAACACCACCUGGGAGACCGAUCCGUGUAAUGAAGAAUUUGCGAGUCUGUGAAGAUUGUCACAGCGCCUUCAAAAUCAUAUCAAAAAUUGUAGGAAGGUUAAUAAUCUUAAGGGAUUCCUAUCGCUUUCACCACUUCAGUGGGGGUUCAUGUUCUUGUGGAGAUUACUGGUGAGACUGAUCAGGUUUACAGUGAGAAGACAAAGGCUUUGUACUUGCCCAAGUUGACAGUAAUUCAAAGUUUUCUUCACUUAUGGCAGAAAAGUAAUAGUCAUGCUUAUUGAUUCUGGAUUAACCAUAAUACAUUCAAAAACAUCGUGAGUUUGAUCAUAAGAAAGCAGAGUUGGACACUAAGUGGAAGAAGCUUCACAUUGAUGAACUGGGGCUUUUUUCAAAAGAAGAAGAAUCAGUUGAUCAGCAAACAAGUCAAGUUGGUCCUCGAGAAGCUUAAGUUAUCUGAUCAUUAGUGGUAUAGCUUGUGAUGAGUUUUUGGCUUAUUUACUUAUGAUGGCUUCUAAAAGAAAAGUUAUGCUCAACAUGGUCUUGUGGAAGAUGCACUACAACUCUUAAAGGAGAAUGGAGCAGUUGUGUAUAGAGCCUCUUCAAGAAAGCGAUCUCCAGCAUUUUUGGCGUCCUUAUUUAACAAGGCCCUAGUAAUCUCCACGCCUA